AUGGCAAAACGGACAGCCAUCGUGACUGGUUCAGCGCGCGGGAUUGGUGAAGCAAUCGCUCGACGACUAGCAGCCGAGAAUUAUGCGGUCUGCAUCAACGAUGUCGCGGCAAGUCGGCCGGAGGUCGAUAAACUGGUCGCCGAACUGAACGACACCCAUGGCCCGGGGACUGCCAUAGGCUUCGUCGCAGACGUAUCCCAAAGCAUCGAGGUCCAGGCCCUGAUCCAAGAAUCGGUCAGGAGGCUUGGCCCCCUAACGGUCAUGAUAGCUAACGCAGGAAUCGCGCAAGUCAAGCCGAUCCUAGAAAUCACGGAGGAGGAGGUAGUCAAGAUUUUCAAUGUCAAUUUCCUGGGAGUAUGGCAUUGUUAUACAAACGCCGCUAAACAGAUGAUUGCGCAGGGGCCAGCUCCCCCGGGCAGUACGGGAUACAAGAUCAUCGGAGCAGCUUCGAUUCUGGCGUUGAAGCCAUUUCCGCUUCUCCCGCACUAUUCAGUGUCAAAAUGGGCUGUUCGGGGUCUUACUCAGGUCUUCGCUAUGGAAAUGGCCAAACACAAGAUCAGUGUCAAUUGCUAUGCCCCUGGGAUAGUCGGGACAGAUAUGAUGGACAAGAUUGAUCGAAAACUUGCCGAGAUGGAGGGGAAACAGCCUGGAGAGGUUGCGGCGAGGCUGAGUCUCGAAAUGACGGCUAUGGGCAGAGUGAGCGUACCCCAAGAUGUGAGCAAGGUUGUUGGCGGCUUCUUAUGUGGUCCUGACUCGGAUUUUGUUACUGGCCAAACUAUCGUUGUGGAUGGUGGCAUAGUCUUCACAUAA